UCGAAAGAGCGGAUGGGGACGCGAAAGGCGUCGUUCUGUUGGAAGAGUUGUGAGAGGAAAAGGAGAAACGGGAAGCUGUGGGGAGAUGAAGAUUGAAAAGCUGCUGCUGGGCAGGGGCGGUAAAUUGAGCCGAGAGUUUGUUCCUGAAUGAUCCUGGUCAACCGCCCUGCCGACCUGGGCAGCCAAGCCCCAGGCGAUGGCCCAGAGCGACAAUCCCACGAAGCUGUCCUCUGACUGGCAAGCCUGGCCCACUCAUGCAGGUCCCGACCCAUUUCCAUUGGCUGGCAGUUGUCGACCACGUUCUGCCACGGAGUCCGCAGUCGUCCCCGCAAUCAAAAUGCACAGUUUGUGUUGCUGUUGUCGUGCUGGCGCCAUUGAGCUUCAAGGUUUUCUAUUUUAUAUGCAAGCCGGCCCAUCAAGCAUGGCAAAUACCACAUCUUCCUGCUGCAGCCGUUCCACGAGCGACGCGUGGUGGAGAGGGAGUGGAUUUGCCAGGUAAGGUAAGUGCUAAUUUCCCAGGUGAAUUGCUAGGCGAGCUACCAGCAAAACUACGUACAGUACCUACUAAAGUAAUCUCCAAGUUUCGAGUAACUAGGUCAAUUGCAGACUAUGAUUUUAUGUGUGAGAGCGGGACUGAGCACUGCGACAGGCUUUGUUCCUUCGUUUCGUCAACCGCGCAAAAGCCGUCAGGGACUACUCGCGUUUGAUACGGCGCGCACUCGAAACAGCAAGAUCCAUUGUGCGACCCAGCGCAGCUGGCAUACCAAUGCGGGUUCUCCUCGUCUGAUCUGCGUGG